ACGUAGGGGCGUGGCCGAAGAGUCAAAUGGAAUGAGUGGAAUGGUUGGUUGCCAGAAGCCACUGUCCCUUGUCUGUCGCGGCGUCUAUCACGUGACCUUCAGGUCUCAAGAUGGCGGCUUCCAGGGAGGUGAAAACCCUCGUUUGAGGACAAGAAAACCAAGUGGCCGAGGGACAGGCGGUGCUGGACCCGGAUCUCUGACAAGGAGGUGGGAGAAGGAGAGGCGUGUCGGCGUCAGGGCUGCUUCCGGCAAGGUCUAGCCCUCCCAUCUCCUCUCUUCCCCUCCCUGCAUCGUGAAUGUGGAUGGAGAGUGAACAGUGAGUCUCAAGCCUCUUCUGUACAUCCAUCGGGGUCACUGACACGUGCCCCUUCCUCGGGGCCUAGGGGUGUCACCGGGCUGUCUAACAGCCGCCGACAAGUCGCCCUUUUUUCCUUUUGGCAAACCUUCCCCCUCAGGUGCGGAGAGAGGGUUUCUCUCCCCUUUUCAUCCAUGAUCCAAGUCCCCACCCCUUUGAAAGGGACACAGAGCGGCGCUGGUCCAACCUGAGGGCAGCCGAAUGGCCGCAGCCAUGACGACCAAAGCCACGCUGGGGGAAGCCGCCGUUGUGUUUGUAGUGGUGCUGAGCAUCCACGCCUCGGUGUGGGACCGCUAUUCCUGGUGUGCCGUGGCCCUGGCUGUUCAGGCCUUCUAUGUCCAGUACAAAUGGGACAGGCUGCUCCAGCAGGGGGCCGCGGUCUUUCAAUUCAGGACCACCGCUAACAGCGGCCUCCUGCCCGCCUCUAUGGUCAUCCCUUUGCUGGGGGUGGUGAUGAAGAGGCGCUGCGAGGGCGUAGGAAAUGUCUACUUUGAGCGAUUUGGCAUUGUGGUGGCAGCCACAGGCAUGGCAUUGGCGCUUUUCCUGUCCGUCUUGGCACUGGGCAUCACCAGGCCCGUGCCCACCAAUACCUGUGUCAUCUCUGGUCUGGCUGGAAGCGUCAUCAUCUACAUCAUGAAACACUCGUUGAGUGUGGCAGAGGUGAUUGAGGUCCUCGAGGUCCUGCUGAUCUUUGUCUACCUCAACAUGAUCCUCCUGUACCUGCUACCCCGAUGCUUCACCCCAGGGGAGGCCUUGCUCAUCCUAGGGGGCAUCAGCUUCGUUCUCAACCAGCUCAUCAAGAGAUCCCUAAAUGUUAUCCAAGGCCGGGGAGACCCGGUAGACUUCUUUCUCCUGGUGGUAGUAGUAGGGAUGGUCAUCAUGGGUAUCUUCUUCAGCACGUUCUUUGUCUUCAUGGACUCUGGAAGCUGGACAUCUUCUCUUUUCUUCCAUCUAAUGACAGGCGUGCUGGGCCUUGGUGUCAUUAUGCCCUGGUUGUACCACCUCAUCCGGGAGAACCCCUUGCUCUGGCUUUUCCAAUUCCUAUUCCAGUCAGAAACUCGUAUCUACCUCCUCAUCUACUGGUCCCUGCUGGCUGUUUCAGCCUGCCUAGUUGUGAUGUACCAAAAUGCUAAGAGAUUGUCUUCUGAGUCAAAGAAGCAUCAGGCCUCCACAAUUACCCGGAAGUAUUUCCACUUCAUCGUAGUGGCUACUUACAUACCAGGACUCAUAUUGGACCGACUGUUACUAUAUGUUGCAGCUGUGGUCUGCCUAGCUGUCUUCAUCUUCCUUGAAUAUAUUCGCUUCUUCCGAAUUAAGCCCCUGGGCCAGACUCUGAGAAACCUGCUCUCCCUUUUCCUUGAUGAAAGGGACAGUGGCCCCCUCAUUCUGACUCACAUUUACCUUUUGCUGGGCAUGUCUCUCCCUGUCUGGCUAUUCCCAAGACCUUGUGCCCCAAAGGGUAGCCUGGAAGGGGUUGGGGCUCUGGUCCCUUAUGCAGGAGUGCUGGCUGUGGGAGUAGGUGACACCAUUGCCGCCAUUUUUGGCAGUACAGUAGGGGAGAUCCAUUGGCCAGGAACUCUAAAGACUUUCGAGGGUACAAUGACUUCCAUAUUUGCUCAAAUCAUUUCUGUGGCUUUGAUCUUAAUCUUUGAUAGUAGAGUGGACCUUAACUCUAGCUAUGCUUGGAUUUUGGGGUCUCUGAGCAUAGUCUCCCUCCUGGAAGCCUACACUAGCCAAAUAGACAAUCUUAUUUUACCUCUCUACCUCCAUAUUCUGCUGAUGGUUUAGCCUCCAUGCAAAGAUUAUGACAGGGAGAAGGGAAUUGAAGGGAAAUGUAUGACCCAUAGUCAGCAUUUAGCCGUUUGGGUAUGAUGGGUCAGGUGAUGACAAGCUGAUUCACUUUUGCAGUGAAUUGAGAGUUAAAAUGAAGUCAAAGAUGCUCUUGCAUUUUAGCUCUGUUGAUUUGAAAAUAAGGUAACAUUUCAGAUGAAGGAAUUGCAAGGGCAUACCAGUGAGGGUUUCCAGUGGAAGUGCAUUCUUUUUUUUUAAAACAUUUAAUUUUUAUUUUUCUCAGUUACAUUGAAGCACAUUCUUUGCAGUGAUGGGGCCCAUUUAAAGGUCUGAAGAUGUUUUUGUGAGAAAUCAAAAACCUAGCCUUGAAUAAUAGCUUCUCAUCUGGAAUAAUUUAUAUCUAAUGAUUUAGAGAAUUGUGAAAAGUGGAUUUUCUUUAUUGGACUUGAUUUUGUAGGAGAAGAGAGUGGAGGGAGAAGCUUUUCGUAACAUUUAUGAGAAUGUUUUAACUGGGUAAAGGGGGAGAAGAGUGCAAAAGAGUGAAUGAGGAAAUAGUUGAGUUAAUGUCAUUUCUUUCUUCUAAGUGGGCCACAGCAUGCAAUAUCAGAACUGGAUUAGUACAGCUGGUUACUUGGAAAUUAGGAGCAUCUAGGGGUGGAAGUGGGUAGCAGAGGAACUAAGAGAAGAUACUAGAAUAGAUAUUGAGGGUCAAUUGUGAAGAAUGUGAGAAGCUGGGGAGUACUCUGUAGCAGAGGUCCAAAUCACAAGGCUAUGUGCAACCCACAGUACUCCCGAGUGCAGCCCAAAGAAGUUAAAUGUAAUUGGGAAAUAUUUAACGAAAUAAAAAUUCAAUAAAACAUAGAUGAUAUUAAAACAUGGUUUUCUAAGUCAAUAUGCAGCCCACAGGGAUCUUUAUGUACAGUUUAGCGGUCCCUGUUUCUAUUUGAUUUUUGACACCACUGUUCUAGAGCUGUGCUUCCUGACCUAAAUGAUAAUUGUGAACCAGUAAAAUAAAUAACAUCUCUACAGAGCCUACUGCAAUCUCUUAGCAACUCAAAGGGUAGGGGCCCAUGAACUGUGGAGGAAAAAAAGUCAGGGAAAAGGAAACAGCUUUUUCAAGAUUACAGAAUUUAAGAAACAUGGUCUUUUUAUAGUAAAUGUUUUGCUGGUGAGAAAAACUUUGCCACAAAUCAUUAGUUAAUAAAUACUGGUUAAAAAUGGGAUCUUAACCAUUACUUACGAUUUUUCCUCUUCACUUACCACUUCUCCAUCCCCUGUAGAACUUCUCCCCUUCAUAGCUAACUACCAGAGAUGUCAAUAGGAGGAGAGAGGGCAAGCUGAGAGUAUAGAUGAGUAUGCGACUUUGAGGUUUCCAGCUUUCCUCCUGUUCCAGUUCUAGCAGAAUACAGCAUCUUUGCAUUUAUCUUACUUCAAUCAGGAAGGGUCCUACCACAGCAGGGACCAAGUUUCUCAGGACAAGAACCAUGGGAUGGUGGAAGGUCUUCCCCUAAGAAUUCAUACUAGGACCAAGAGAGGAAGACCAGUAUCUUUCCUGGCUAUGUUGUGAAUCCUGGUCUGAAUAAAGAUCUUUCCUGCAAGCUGGGUAGAAAGAUGGCUACAUUUUGCUUGGCCUAAAGGGAGCAGCUGUUAGAGCAGAAGAAAAGCAAGAAGAAACGAGGUCUUCAAGUGUAAGUAGCCAGGAAGCUAAGCUAAGGACCCAAUUCUUAAUGUUCAUUUCUGUACUGUCACUUUGGUUAGUGGCUUACAGUGUGUGACUAGAAAUCAUUUAACUGCUCAAUACCUAAUCAUAACUUCCUAAUCAUAAAUGUGGACAUUCCUUUGUAGCUCAAGAAUGUUCUUAUUUUAUAGAUGAAAUUAUAGAAGUCCAGAGAGGGGGGUGACUUUCCUACCAUCGCACAGUGAAUUAGUAACCGAGCAGGGCUAGAAUCCCAGUUUGCUUACUCAAUCCAGAGUUCUACUUCAUCAGGCUUAGUGAUACAAUUCCCUUAAAUCACUCAUUCUAACAUAAGCUAGGUAGGACUGGUGUGACAGAUUUUUGUUCUUUUAUAAUCAAAGCUGCUUGGUUUGAUAAAAGUACACCAGAAAGUA